AUGGAGCCGCGCAUGGCGGCAGAGGCGGCGGGCGGCGGCGGGGCGCCGACGGGCGCCCCGCUCGAUGCACCGUCUGCAUCGAGUGCACGGCCGGUGAUGCGGCGGCAUGUGAGUUCGCGCCCGUCGGGCCCGGACGAGCGGGCUGUGCGCAGGGAGCAGGUGUGCCGGCAGUGUGGCCACCAGAUCUCUGGGCAGUUUGUUCGGGCGCUCGGUAGCGUCUAUCAUCUGGAGUGCUUCCGGUGCGCGGACUGUGGCUGUAAUGUCGCGUCGAAGUUCUUCUCGGCGACGGAUGAUAUGAUGCAUGAGAACCCUGGGCAGCUGUUUCCGCUGUGUGAGACGGACUACUUCCGGCGGCUGGACCUGCUGUGUGCCAAGUGCGGGCGCGCGCUGCGCGGCAGCUACAUCACCGCGCUCGGCGCCAAGUACCAUGUCGAGCAUUUCACCUGCUCGUUGUGUGAGACGCAGUUUGGACCGGACGACAGCUACUAUGAGCACGGUGGCCAAGUGUACUGCCACUUCCACUACAGCACGCUCUUUGCGAUCCAGUGUGCGGGAUGCCAGACCGCCAUCCUCAAGCAGUUUGUCGAGAUCAACCGUAACAACGCCGACGAGCACUGGCACCCCGAGUGCUACAUGAUCCACCGGUACUGGAAGAUCAAGCUUGCGCCGCAGAUACACGCGCCGCCUGCGCGCCUGCGCGACCGUGCCGACGAGGUGGCGCUGAGUAUGCCCGGCGCCCUUGCGCUCUCGCCCAGCUCGUCGGACGACGGCGCGGAGGAGGCGCCUGCGGAGACGCCCGCCUCGGUGCUGCAGAAGCAGCGUGCGAUGGAGCACCGCGUGUUUACGAUUUGGCGCGUGCUCUCUACAUUUGAAGAGUCGUCGGCAGCAUGCAUCUCGGACAUGCUGCGGCAUGUGAGCAGCGGCAAGUACCUGGGCGGCGUGCGCUUUGCCGUGCGGUUCGUGGUGCAUGUGGAAGUGCUCUUCUCCGCCAUCGACGAGCUGGACAUGCACUUUCAGCGGGCCGGCGCGCCGUCGAUCCAGUAUGUGCGCGAGGCGCGCAUGCUGUGCAAGAAGAUCGUCAACUUUUUCUCGCUGCUGUCGCACUCGCAGGAGACGGGCGAAGAGCGCAUGCACAUUACGCAGGAGCUGCUCUCUCUGGUGACGGGCCUGGCGCACUACCUCAAGAUCCUGAUCCGCAUCGCGCUCACGGGCGCGCUGCGUCUCGACCAGGAGCACGGCGUGCCGGCCGCGCUCGAGUCGUUCCUCGCGCGGCUGGACGAGCUCCUGUCGCUGCAGGGCCUGCACGACACGCUCGACACGGACGCGGUGCAUGGGUACACGAGCCUGCCGUGCGUGCGGGGCCCGCACGAGGCGGACCAGGCGGCGGACCUGUGUGUCCUGUGCGGACACACGGUCGAGGACGAGUGUGUGCGGCUGAGCAUCGAGCUGCGGUGGCACUGGGCAUGUGUCCAGUGUGCGAAGUGCCAGCGCGGCGCCGUCAAGCCGGACGGCAGUGUGCCGCUGCGCCGCGGUGCGGACGAUGCGGCGGCCCGGCCGCCCAGCGUGCCGAUCACGCAGUUUGUGUACCACAGCGCGCGGCGCGACAAGGGGGCCAUGCAGUGUGUGGGCUGUGCGGGGGAGCCAGCGGCGCGGUACCUGCCGGUGACGCGGCUGGAGCAGUAUGCGUUCCUACUGUGUGUUGCGCUCAAGCGCCUUGACGCGCUGCUCAAGCGGCAGGCGCUCCUCGAGGCGCCGCUUCCGCCGGAGCCUGAGCCAGAUGCGCUGACAGACGCCGAGUCGAGCACGUACCGCAAGUCGGCGGAGGCGAAGCGCAUCGAGUCGCAGUACCUCGACCGGCACAUGUCGAGCAAGGCACAUGUGCCGCGGAUCAGCACGGUGAUCGGGCAGCCGGCCGGCUUCCACACGGCGCCGGGGGGCGAGAGUGUGCGGCACGAGGCUGCGCCGCAUGCGCGGCCGACGGCCGGGGCGAUUCCGAUCCGUGCGCCGUUUGCGCGGCACAACUCGGACGUGCUGGUGCGCGAGGACGACGCGCGGACGCCGCCGCUGCCGAGCGACUCGGCCAACGAGGGAAUUACGCUGGCGGACAUUCCCAUGAUCCUGCAGGCGGAGCACGACCGCGAGCAGCGCGUGUCGGGCGAGGCGGCGCGGCGUCCGGUGAGCUCGCUGUCGUCGGAGGAGCUGCUGGUGCUCAAGUAUGUGGCGCUUGUGCGGCUGCAGCAGUCGGUGCUGGGCGACCAGCUGCGCAUGGACGAGCUGCUCGAGCUGCUCGAGGUGCGGAAGAGCACGUUCUGGGGCAAGCUCCUCUUUAAGGGUGGCAAGGACCGGCGCGAUGUGCGGCGCAAAGGCGUGUUUGGCGUCUCGCUCGAGUACCUGGUCGAGCGGCAGGGCGCCGACUCGACGCUGGGAGCGACGCCGACGCCGAUGCGUGUGCCCGCGCUGGUCGACGACAUUGUCUCAGCGAUGCGGCAGAUGGACGUGUCGGUGGAAGGCAUCUUCCGCAAGAACGGGCACGUGCGGCGGCUCAAGGAGCUCGCGGACGCGCUCGACCGCGACGCGGACGGGGUGAACCUGUUUGAGGACCACCCGGUGCAGCUGGCCGCGCUGCUCAAAAAGUUCCUGCGCGAGCUGCCGGAUCCCCUGCUCACGGCGCGCCUCUACGGCCUGUUCCUCGCGGCGCAGGUCAGCGAGGGCGACGCGGCGGAGCGCCGCCGGCUCCUGCGGCUCGUGGCGAUGCUCCUGCCACGUGCGCAUCGCGACACGAUGGAGGUGCUGUUUGUCUUUUUCAAGUUUGUCGCGACGUUCUCGUACGUCGACGACGAGACGGGCAGCCGCAUGGACGCGGCGAAUCUAGCGACGGUGCUCGCGCCCAGCCUCCUGUUUACGCGUGCUGCGGAGCCGACACCUACGGAGGCGCACAUCGCGCAGCGCGUCGUGUGCGAUAUGAUCGAGCACCAGGACGACUUUUGGUUCGUGAGCGAGGACCUGGAGCGGGCACUGCGCGACCGCGCGCUGGUGAGUGCCGCGCCGGAGCUCGCGCCCACGGAGAUGCUGCGGCUGUGUGCGGCGUAUGCGUAG